AUGACCCGCGUCUCGCCGCGACACCGGCGCGUGCCGCACGCGUACCGUGCCCCGCCUCCCCCGCCGCCCGCGUACUCGUCGCUAUUGCCCUCGCUGCCGAGCCUACCACCACUACCGCCCCUCGAGGUCGAGCUGCCCUCCGACACGGACGACACGUCGCGCAGCUCUCUGAGCGACGACUCGACCCCGCCCCGGCGCAGUGCCGACUCUACAGCCGACAACGCCGCCGACGACACCAAGGCUUCGGCAUACCGCGCCUUCCUGGCCGACGGUAUCUCGAGCGGGCAGUACACCCGCUCCGAGUGUCUCCGUGAGCUCAAGCGCCUCGUCCUCGAGCUCGAGAGCGCGUGCAAAAAGCGAGGCACGCUGCCCGGUGAGACUGCUGCUGCGGUCAAAGAGCGCCGCCGCUUGACGACCGUCGACGAGUAG